ACUCAUUUUGCAAUACCUGCCAAAAUUGUCGCAGGUAUAGAUUAAAACGUGCGAGCGAGGCCUUUUAGGACUGAGAGAAAAGCAGCAUUGAUCUAUGGUCUUUAUGCUGGUACUUCGAAGAAAAACAGAUCAUCAACGAAUAACAGCCAAUCUGUAUCUAUUGCUUCAUUAUCUCCCGCUAUUGAUGCUAUGGAAUCAAUGCGAAAUGAUCAAAACAUGAAAUACCUUUCAAGUUUAUGGUUGGUAAAGUGAUUCAAACGUUUUUUGCUGAUACUAAGUGAUUAAACGUUUCAUAGUGGAUCACAAUAAGUUGCAAGCCGCUUGUUGGAUGUUGAUGAGAAAUAAUUGUUCAAAGUGACAAGUAUUUGUGCGAUACAAGCACGCUUAAAGUUUGAGAAAUUGUACGUACAUCGAUGUUACUGCAAGAAAAUUACUGGCCUAUCAACAGAUGAGGAGAGGACAACAAAUCUCUAUUGAUAUUUUCGCCUUUAGGAGCAUUGGACAAGCAUUCUCGGCCUAAUAACAGCGUAGAAGAACGAUUUCAAGACUUAGACUGUUCAAGUGUUUUGGUUGCUGAACAAAAAGAGCACUGGUUAACUAUACUCGUACAGGGGCAGAAAAUGUAGCCACGACGAUGGGAAUUGCCCUUGAAACCCAACCAAUUGAAUUGCAUUAGAGUACAAGGUAUUGUCACAGAAACUAUGGUACAUUCUAGCGGAAUAAAGCUUGCGUAUGUUUACAGCCUGAUAGCAAUUUUAAUAGGCGCUGCGAUUUUUUCGAGGUAUAAUAGAGUAUGGAGAAAAGUAAAAAUUACCAAGAAUAUUCAAAAGGAGAGUGAAGUUGAUUACCACGCAACAAGCUGUGUCUAUAAGGUGAGUCACAGUAACUUUUCAAUAGCUUGGAUGUACCACACAGUUACAAUCAAUUGGGAGCCAAGUGAAAAUUGUACAACGGAAAUACAAGACUUGAUAAGAAUAAAAGAUGGGAGUAUACUAAGAGUUCAGGCGUACAGCAAUAAUGAACUUGUCACUGCUGCUGCGGUAUAUAGCGAAAAUAACACAUAUACGGCAAACCUACUUUUGUCUAUACCAGGCAAAUUUGUUGUUAUUGUUAUGCUGAUAUACGUCAAUGGGGAUAACUUAGAGGAUAAGCACCAUGUGAAACCAAUUCUCAAGCAAAUCCAAGGCAGCCCUUAUGAAGUAACAGUCCUUCCUAAUACGAUACCGCGCGGAAUUACGCGGUACUGUACAAAGCGUGAAAGUGGUCAAGCACGCGGAAGAUGGGUGAAAUGUGGUAAUGUGUUGGGCGAUCUCUUUCCACCGCUAGAGAGAUGCGGCCCAUGGCAGAGUGACCCAAAUUUCAACUUUGAUCAUAUCCAUGGGUUCCGUUGGCUUCCAUACAGAUGCCAGCUGCACCAUUAUUCAAAUGACGACAUGAAGCGGUGUCUAGCAAAAAGUCGAUGGCGGAGCCUGGUAUUUGCCGGAGAUUCUCACAUGAGAUACAGGGCGUAUCAUUGGGUGACUCGGCUGUAUGGCGCUUGCCAUUCUUGCGCGAAGACGCACAUUAAAAUGGUCUUUAACAAAAUCCCGCGAAUAGAAUGGAUAUUUGACGCGAGAGGUACUCGCUUGCCGCUUACGUAUGGCAACAUUAGCCUUCCAUAUGAAAAGUACAUGCAUCCAAAGGUUCGUCGUUCCAAGUUUUCCACUCAAUUUCCCGGAGAUGCCAUGGAAAGUGAUUUGUUUAUUAUGAAUUUCGGUCAUUGGGCACUGCGCGAAAGUACGGACUACGAAUUCAUGACGAAGAAACUAGCUGCAUACACAGAAAGCAUGGUGUAUCUGAUGCGAAGCGGCAAGCAAGUGAUAUGGGUGAACACUGUAAGUCUGCCUUGGAGGUCAGAUCAGGCGGUGAUUGACUGGAAAGAAAACACGUCACCUUCAAGAGUAAGACAAUUCAACGACUUAGCCGAUCGAUAUAUGAAAGCUAAUGGUAUCCAGAUUGUCGAUGCAUUUCAGAUUUCUGACGGAAGAAUUUCUGCAACACAUGACCAAACCCACUACGCUAAAAGACUUCCAGGGAACGAUUUCGGUGGAGUGGUAGAGAAUGCUAUUUCAAACUCGAUUAUAAAUUCACUAUGCAAUCCAGAAUGACGCAGCAUUUACGCGGUUUACCCGCCAUUCACGCGCAAGUUUUGCUUCUACAUCUCAUUAAAGGAUAGUAAGAUAGAUAGGACGGAUGUAACUCUAGCCCUGAUUUUAGUGGAGGCACCAAAUCCAUAUAAAUAUGCUAACGAGGAAGGAAGGCAAUUUUUAAUCAUAAAUCAGGUCUAAUGAAAACAUAUUAGCAUUUUUAUACCAUAAUUUGAUUUACUUUGAAGUAAGCACGGGUUUCAUACAUCAGAUAACACCAUAUAGGACUGAUUACCACUUACGUGGGAAGCAACCGAAACUAACAUUAUAACAACUGAAACAACCGUACCCAGUCAAUCAGAGAAACUGACGAGGGGCAGCAGAAUAACAGUAUUUUGGACUGAGUAGGCUGGUGCUCCCUGGAAUUGUCCACAAGAAAACUGAGACAGCCUCCUUUUAUUAAUGUGACUUAAUUUGGUUCGUCACUAAUAUCAUUGGCGUUGACGUCAAUUUAUGAUAAAUGUAUUUAUUAUCAUUAACGUGGACUUGUCAAUUAAUGGUCUCCACUGUUUCGCUACCUCAUUGCUGUUCCGAGGAGGUUCAGCAGUGUGAAAAUUAUUGUUGUCACAAUUGAGAAAACCCUUCCUUGUACGGCUGAGAAAAUCCUUACCAGGUUAAAUCUCAGAAGGUCAGGAACCUUUAGGAAUAUGUCAUCGAUGUUAUUGUGAUUUAAAGGCUCUUGCGCAACCGGAAUGCCUUGUGACUAUAUUUUCAAAACUGGCCUAAUUUCGCACUGCAUGAAAAUGCAAAACGCAAUCAAUUUCUCAAGACAACUGACACUAAACACCAACUGACGGUUGUGCAAGAGCCUUUAAACCAGAAUCCUAUCCUUAAAUUUUUCAAUAUCCCUACAUGUUGUAGCUACUGAAACAAUUAUCGUGAGCCCUAUAGCCUUAACGGUCAUAGAUAGAACAAAUGUUUCGUCAGAACAUUGCUUGUUUAAUUAAGCAUGUUAUUUUCCGAAGCUGCAAUUGACAAUUAACUGGAAGCUCGCUAAAUUAUAGACUGCCUAAUCUGCUUUAAACAUUUUUAUAGCAUCCUUACAAUUUGAAACCAUUUCUGACAGACUUUUUUAUAGCUCUCAUGAUGAUCUUCCCUCUCUUUGAUAAAAACUGAUUUUGUCUUGCUAUGACACAAUAUGCU